AUGGCCGCUGGGCGCCACGGAGGGUACAGGGAUUACGAGGCGAGGGAGCGGGAGCUCGACGCUGAGGGCUCCAGGAGGAGCAAGGAGCAGCAGAACCAUCUUGGCGGCCGCCACCGUGACGCGGACCGCCGCCGCGACGGCGGGCGCAGCAGGGGUGGCAGGGACCUCGCCAACGGCCACGGUCGCCGCCGCUCGCCCCCGCCCAGGAGCCGUCUCGCGGGUAGGCUCGGGGACCGUGAGCCUGGGGAAGUGCUGAGCGGCAGUGCGUCUGAUGACUCUGGUGGGAGGCCUCAUAGAGGAAGGGAGAAUGGCAUUCCCAGUUCUAGCAGGGAGGGCGAGUCUGCGGCUGCGUCAGCGGCAGCGGGUGCAGCGGUCUCGUCGCCGAGCAAGAAGAGGAAAUUCUCGCCUAUAAUUUGGGACAGGGAUAGCCCAAAGCCGCCACAUUCUGAUGCAUCAAGGGGCAAGAAAGUGGUAGAAUCUGUGCCUGCUGAGCUCCCUCCGCCUCCGCCGUUGCCUCCAAAAGACCAUGUCCCAGUGAGAUUAGCUGUGGAGAAGUCACCUAUAGAUGUGGAGCCUACUGUUGGUACAGAGAGUGCUGAGCAGUUGCCGGAACAUGAGAAUAGGGUGGCAGAGGAGGAAGAGGAGUAUCCAACAAUGAGGAACAUAUCAACUUCAAGGUGGGCUGGUGCUAAUGAUGAUGAGGAAGAUGGUGCAUCACCAAUGAAAAAGAAAAGUGCAUCACCUGCAGACUCUGUGCCGGGGCAGUGGAAAAGGGCAAGCCCGGAACUUGGUGAGGUUGUGGUCAGUGAUAUCUCUGGAGGAAGGACCAUGUCUAGGUCAUCUGACUCGGGGAGAAUGGGUAAUGAUGAGAAAGAAGAUUUUGAAGUAGAUAAAGAUGACUAUAUGGAUGUUGACAGGGGGCAGGCCAGUGACAGUGAUGCAGAAAUUAGAAUGUCAGAUACCGAUUCAGAGGAUGAAGCACGCAGACCUGAAACCCCUGAACCAGUGAAGGCACCACACAGGUGUAUCAAUAUGCUUCAAGGUUGCAGAAGUGUUGAUGAGUUUGAGAGGCUCAACAAAAUUAAUGAGGGCACAUAUGGUGUUGUAUAUAGAGCAAGGGAUAAGAAGACAAAUGAGAUUGUUGCUCUGAAGAAGGUAAAGAUGGAGAAAGAGCGAGAAGGUUUCCCGUUAACCUCUCUAAGGGAAAUAAAUAUCCUCUUGUCUUUCCACCAUCCUUCGAUAGUGGAUGUUAAGGAAGUAGUAGUUGGAAGUAGUCUAGAUAGUAUCUUUAUGGUUAUGGAGUACAUGGAACAUGAUCUAAAAGGUGUCAUGGAGACAAUGAAACAACCGUAUACCCAAAGUGAGGUCAAAUGUUUGAUGAUUCAACUGUUAGAGGGUGUAAAGUAUCUACAUGACAAUUGGGUACUUCAUAGGGAUCUGAAGACCUCAAAUCUUUUGCUGAAUAACCGCGGUGAGUUGAAAAUAUGUGAUUUUGGACUGUCUCGUCAAUAUGGGAGCCCACUAAAACCUUAUACUCAACUGGUUGUGACUUUGUGGUACAGGGCCCCAGAACUAUUGCUAGGAACAAAGGAGUAUUCUACUGCUAUUGAUAUGUGGUCUGUGGGCUGUAUAAUGGCGGAGCUUCUGGCCAAAGAACCAUUAUUCAAUGGAAAAACAGAGUUUGAACAGCUAGAUAAGAUAUUUAGAACACUUGGCACACCUAAUGAGAAGAUUUGGCCUGGCUAUGCCAAAUUACCUGGUGUGAAAGUCAAUUUUGUCAAACAACCGUAUAACAGGCUAAGGGAUAAGUUCCCAGCUGCAUCUUUUUCUGGGCGACCAAUCCUGUCUGAAGCUGGUUUUGAUCUGCUCAACAGUCUGCUAACUUAUGACCCUGACAAGCGUAUAUCGGCAGAUGAUGCUCUGAAGCACAAAUGGUUCUCUGAAGUUCCUCUUCCUAAGUCCAAGGACUUCAUGCCUACAUUCCCUGCGCUUAAUGAACUGGACAGGCGUACCAAACGGUACCUGAAGAGCCCUGACCCUCUAGAAGAGCAACGUUUGAAAGAACUGCAAGGGAACAUAGGCAACCGUGGGCUUUUUGGCUGAACUAGGACCACUUGCUUGGGUUCCUAUCCGUACUAACUGUUAUGCUUCACCCUGAAUCAACAAGAUCAGAUAUCUUCUGAGGUGAGAUGUGCCAUGGACAUGAAGUAUCACAUCUUCUUGGUGUCUACCAGCGACUGAUAGUGUUCUUUAGCAGGCUUGGUGCCGGUUAAGUGGAUGAGGUUUCUCCUUAUGGUCCAUCAUAGAAAUUUUCUUGCAGGAAUUAACACUCCAUCCACAUUGAUCCUAAAAGCAAAUAUAAUCUGCCUGCAUCGUAAGGUGUGGCAUGUUGGCUUUUAUUGGUUACACCAGUUUCACCUUUGGAACUUCUGUAUGUAAAAUAUUCCAGAUUGGUACGUUGUAAACAAUGUUCAGUGUGUUGGAUUAAAAUAAAACAUCAUCAUUAUCGUUAUUCUUUA